AUCGGCAUCCCAAUUCCGGUUUUCUCACCUAAACCCUAACGCGCCGCCUCCGCCCGCCGCCAUGCGGCGCCACCACCACCUCCUCGCCCUCCUCCGCCGCGCCGCCGCUUCCGCCUCCACCGCAUGCCAGCGCGCGGACCCCCUCCUCCACCUCAACCACGCCCCACCCCGAAAUGGCGCCGCCGGGCUCUUCUCCCCGCGCCUCUUAUCCUCCCGCGGCCGCUCCGUGGCCGGCGCCGCUAAGAGCCUGGUGGAGGACGAGGCGGACCUCAGCGACUGGAUUAGCGACCUCAAGACCGAUUCGUGCCACCUCGGGCUCAGCAGCGGCGACGAAGGCGACGCUCCAUCCACCCGCAGGUCCCCCGCCGGCGCCUCCAGGGGCGGGCGGGGUGGGCGGGACUCGAGGGGUUCGUUCUCGAGGUCGAGGUUUGGCGGCGGUGAGUUCGGUGGCGAUAGGCGCGGCGGCUUCGAGCGGAGGGGGAGGGUAAUGAGUAGUGACCUGGAUGAUGAUGAGGAUGAUUCCGGGUUUGGUUCCUCAAGGGGAAGGCGGGGGCGGGGUGGGAGGUCGUCCGGGCUUGCGAUGAGAGGAGGGAGGGGAAAUGGGUUUGAUGACGAGGCUGGGUUUAGGUCUCCUAGGGGGCAACGAGGUCGUGGUGGGAGAGGGUCAGGUGUGGUGCGGAGGGGCGGGAGGUACAGUGAUUUGGAUGAUGGUGAUGCUGCUGCUGGAUUUGGGCCUUCCAAGGGAAGACAUGGUCGUGGUGGAAGGAUGUCUGGUUUCUCGCAGAGAAGAGGAAGAGGCAGUGAUGACAGUGAGGAGGAUGAUGAUGAUGAUGCCAUUGGGUUUGGGCGUUCCGACAGAAUGCAGCAUCGAGGUGGCAGGAAAGGGGGAAGGGCAGAGAGUGUUGGACCACAUCAAGGCCGGAACAGGAGUGAUUUGGGUGUGUCGCGGAGGGGUGGGAGGUAUAGUGAUUUGGAUGAUAAUGACUAUGAUCAUGACAUUGGAUUUGGAUCCUCGAGAGGAAGACAUGGUCGUGGUGGAAGGAUGUCUGGUAUGUCGCAGAGAAGAGGGAGGGAAAGUGAUUUGGAUGACGACAAUGACGAUGAUGAUGUGGUUGGCUUUGGUGAUUCUGGUGCUAGGGAAGUGAAAAAGUUUGAUUUUGGCUUGUCAGAGGAUGAUGAUGAGGUGGGGGAAGUUGAUGAGGAUGAUGACCCAUCAGGUUUAGAAGAUGAUCUUAUUGAUGAUGAGGGCAGUAAGGAGUCUGGAUCUUUUAAAUUAGACAAAGAAGAGGCAGUUAAACAUAAGAGUAUAGCGGGCACAAGUACUAGAGGCGGUGAUUCUUAUCUGAGCCAGAAAAGGUUUGAUGAAUGCCCACUAUCUCCCUUGACACUAAGAGGUGUUAAGGCUGCUGGAUAUGACAGAAUGACUGCUGUACAGGAGGCUACUCUUCCCAUCAUACUUCAAGGGAAGGAUGUAUUAGCCAAAGCAAGGACUGGAACUGGAAAAACUGUAGCUUUCUUGCUUCCGGCCAUUGAAGUUGUCUCAAAAUUACCACCUGUCGAUCGUGAUCAAAAGAGGCCUCCCAUCAGUGUUGUUGUAGUGUGCCCUACACGUGAGCUUGCUGAUCAGGCUGCUGCAGAAGCUAACAAGCUUCUUAAAUUCCAUCCAUCAAUUGGAGUGCAGCUUGUAAUAGGUGGCACUAGAAUGGCUCUUGAACAGAAGCGCAUGCAUACUAACCCUUGCCAGAUUCUAGUAGCUACUCCAGGAAGGCUUAGGGAUCAUAUGGAGAACACACCAGGGUUUGCUACAAGGUUAAUGGGAGUCAAAGUUCUAAUUCUUGAUGAAGCUGAUCGCUUGUUAGAUAUGGGAUUCCGAUCUGAUAUUGAGAAAAUAGUGGCUGCACUCCCAAAACAACGUCAAACACUCCUAUUUUCUGCGACAGUUCCGGAUGAGGUUCGUCAAGUAUGUCACAUUGCCAUGAAAAGGGAUCUUGAAUUUGUCAACACAGUUCCAGAAGGAAGUGAAGAAACACAUUCUCAGGUGAAACAAAUGCAUUUAAUUGCACCACUAGACAAACAAUUCUCUAUCCUAUAUGGUCUUCUAACUGAUCAUAUCUCCGAAAAUGUUGACUACAAGGUGAUUGUAUUCUGUACAACAGCAAAAGUAACAAGCCUUGUUGCUGAGCUUUUGUCUGAGCUGAAGUUGAAUGUACGUGAGAUCCAUUCCAGGAAACCUCAAAGUUACAGAACCAGGAUAUCAAAAGAAUUUAAGGAGUCAAAAGGUCUCAUUCUUGUUAGCUCUGAUGUAUCUGCCCGGGGUGUUGAUUAUCCCAAUGUCACACUAGUUGUGCAGUUGGGGGUGCCAACAGACAGAGAGCAAUAUAUUCAUCGACUUGGUAGAACUGGUCGCAAAGGUAAUGAGGGGGCAGGAGUCUUAUUAUUGGCACCAUGGGAGGAAUAUUUCUUGAGAAGUAUCAAGGACUUGCCUAUUACAGAGGCAACACAACCAUUAAUUGAUCUGGACACUAAGAAAAAGGGAUGCAUGUUUAGUUUCCUGAGAUAUAUGAUGUUCAAUGCAGUUCAGGUUGAUAAGGCUCUUGCACACGUGGAGGUUAAGGACAAGGAAUCUGCUUACCAGGCAUGGCUUGGUUACUACAAUUCAAAUAAGUUCAUUGGACGUGACAAAUACCAGCUCGUAUCACUCGCCAAUGAGUUCAGUAGAAGUAUGGGUCUCAACAACCCUCCUGCAGUGCCUAAGCUUGUUCUCAGGAAGAUGGGUCUGAACAACAUUCCAGGUCUGCGAGCAAAAUAGUUUGGUACAAUGAAUCCAAGCCAUGUUGGCGCAUAGUCUAACAUCCGAUAAAACGCCCGUAUUGGUAGGAGUUUUGGAGCUACCUUAAUAAAACAAGGUUUACAAUACAUGUCAUGCUCCCAGAAGUUCUAACUUUCGUAAUGUUGUUUCAUUCUUUUAUCCUGUAAGGGCCUUGACAAAGCACCUACUCAUAGCUUUGGAGCACCAUAUUUCUGCGUUGGAGGAGGCCACGUGUACUCAAUCCAUCCUUUAGUAAAAGCCAGAAGACCUUGUAUCUGUGCUGGCAGCAUCAGUGGGAACGGAGAACUUGGCUUUAUGAUCAAUGGGGAUGGAGAACUAGUUGCCGGUACUACCCAUCCAAUGCCAAGACCCAUGUUGAUGUCAUUAAUAAACACGUACCAAGCAU